AUGAUGGAAGCUCACCCGGAGCUGCGGAAGCAGACUUCCGUCCUCGGGUCCGUAUUUGAUGCCACCCUUCCUUUCACCAUAGGCUGUACCGCGGGCAUGUCUGCAGCCGUCUGCGUCCAACCCCUCGAUACCCUCAAAGUGCGCAUGCAACUCACGGUCCAGAGCACCGCCAGAACAUCCCAACUAGCUCUCGCCAGGAACAUUGUCGCACGAGAUGGGUUCUGGAGUCUCUACCAGGGCCUGUCUGCCGCCCUCCUGCGGCAGAUUGUCUACGGCAGCUUGCGACUUGGGUUUUUCAAUACUUUCGAGCAGCAGCUGACACGCCGAGCGCGAGAGCAACACACCACCGUGGGGUUUGGGAGCAGAGCACUGGCGGGGAUAACUGCGGGCGCACUUGCGGCAGUCAUAGGUACACCUACCGAAGUAGCUCUCAUUCAGAUGCAGGCAGAUAGGAUGAGGCCGGUCGCCCAACGGAUGAACUAUACUUCUGCCGUUGACACCAUCCGACGCCUCGUGAAGCAGGAGGGUAUCGCAAGCCUGUGGAAGGGCACAAGCCCUACCAUCAUCCGGGCCAUGUCGACCAACUUUGGCCAGCUCGCCUUCUUCUCCGAGUCAAAACACCAGAUCCAGAAGUACUCAGCCAUGUCGGUCGAGAAUCGAACCAUCCUCGCUGCCACCAUUGCCGGCUUCGCCAGUUCACUCAUAAGCCAGCCCUUCGAUUUCGUCAAGACGCGGCUGCAGAAUCAAGCCCUGAGCAACUCGGCGACGGGACUCACAAGGUACUCGGGCAUCUUGGACUGCUUUAUGAAGAUCUUCCGGGCCGAAGGUGGGACCCGGUUCUAUCGCGAUUUCUGGCCGUACUUCUUGAGAGUCGCCCCUCAGUCGUUAAGUGUCAUAUUCCAUACGUUGAAUUACUGCUCAAGGGCCGGUUCUAACAGUCAAGGUAAAACCAUUAGGAUCAUUGCUCUGUUCUUGUCGGACUGGCUUGCUCAAGAGGUCAAGAGGCUGAGGUGA